CAACACGCACACUUCGCUUCCUUCUCCCCCAUUCCCCUUCCUCAUCUCCGCCUCGCCUCCACCGGCCGUGAUCUCGCCGCCGGCGCCGCCCCGCCGCCCCUGAGGCCUACUAGUAGCGACCUACAAGUACCCUGUUUUGUACCAUCCUAGGAGCGAAUCCUCCCCCUGCGGCAGCGGUAGCAGAUCGCGAUGGCCGCCUCGGCGCCUCCUCCGGCCGAGCCGCCGCCGCCGCCGGCGGCGGCGGCGGCGGCGGCGACGAAUCCACCGGCUUCGACCGCGCCCACGGAGGACGGGGAGGUGGAGGAGGGUGCCACGCCACCGAGAACUUCUGCGUUGGGGACGGCGAACUGGGGUACCGCCACCCUCGUCGGCGUCUUCGCCGGGCUGCUCUACGGCGGGAGCAAGGAGGCCAGCGCCUCUGUCAGCAAAGACGCUGAAGUGAUGUUGAAGAUGGGGAGCACCACAGACAAGCGUGAGCAGUAUAGAUUGAUGAGAGAUGCAAUGGAGAAAAGAUUCAUCCGGGUUGCCAAAGGAUCGCUAGUUGGUGGUGUUCGCCUUGGGAUGUUUACUGCAACUUUCUUUGGCAUACAGAACCUUCUUAUUGAGAAACGUGGGGUGCAUGAUGUAUUUAAUAUAGCUGGAGCUGGCUCGGCUACUGCAGCUGCAUUUGGACUUAUAUUGCCAGGUUCACCAAUGUGGCGUGCAAGGAAUGUAUUGGUUGGAUCAGCUCUUGGUGCUGGAGUCUGCUUUCCCCUUGGUUGGAUACAGUUGAAGCUGGCAGAGAAAGCCAAUCUUGAGAUGGCAAGUUCGAAACCAACAGAUUUGGUGGAGGAACAAGACCGCAGGAGGAACCUGUUUCAUGGGCUGCACUACUUCAAUUUUUUCUUCUUUCAUGUGCCUCACGCUGUAGUGCUGUCAAACUUUGAAGCAGUAACAGCAAGGGCCACACGGAGCCUCCGUUGUGGGGGAAAAAAGAGCAUUUUUGAUAAAAAUAUCGUAUUCGUUGGAUGUGAUGAUGCUUGUGCCAUUACAGUUUGUGCUGAAUUUACCCUCGAAACCAUCUUAUAGGUUCCUACUUCGUUGCGGACUUUUGUCGUCCAUCUGGAAUAGCGAAAAGGACAAUUGGUUUGGAAGACCGGAUAAAUGGAGCAUCACACCUGUAAUACCCUUUCCUUUCAAGCUGUAUGAUUUCUCCUUGUUUGAGAUUCCGCAUGUUUGCGUCUCCAAGAGCCGGAAACUCUUGGCAAGUGCAUGGAUUAAGAUUGUCAAGGAAAUUAUCAUCUUCUUCCAGCUGCAAAAAUGCCACAGCAAUAUUUAAAAUACUAGCAGAUGAUGCUACUCAAUCAUGGAAGGAAAACAUCGAUGGAUUCAUGGAAGCGAAAACUCAGAGACAUCAUCCAAUAUGUAAAGAAAUUAAUAAAGAAACUAAAUCUCUUCUAGAUCGUGCUCCAAGAACAAGUAUAUUGACCAUUCCUUCACAAGCC